AUGGAUCCCUCACAGAGACGCCAUGGGUUACUCUCCCCUCCCGUGUCCGCCGCAUCGCCUGCCCCGAGCACAGGCAUUUCUUCUCUCAGGAGUCGACCGGCCACUUUACCCACGGCACGAUCGCACCAGCUGCGGCCAGGAUCGCAGAAAGAAAUCGCGCUCAUAAAUUACCUUGACGAUCGCAUCUUGAGGAUAACAAGACGCUACGCAAAGAAGUUCAGCGAUGAAGGGCUGCAAAAUGAUGAUACACCGGGGUAUACCACGUUCGACGAGUUCGUUGCCGACGCUGACCCCUUGGUCGAUGUCAUCUGGGUCAGUGGAACACCAACCAUACAAAUCCCAUAUCUUCUCACCCUCGCGGGCUUGGUCUGCUCCUACCUCCAAGCAUUUCGUUUCUCAUUGUCUUUGUUUCACAUUGCAGCCAAAAUCGACCUAGGAUUUGCAUCCCUCCUGCAGCCCUCUGACGACGACCACAUUGGAGAGACUGCUCCUCACCGUGUUUCGACAACGGAGAAGGUUCGCAUUAAAUCACUGGUCGAAGAGACUCGAGUUGCAGCCGUCCGUGCAGCUUCCGCCAGUGGUCACGAAGCCAGUAUACAGGAUGUCUCUGAAACGGACACCGACGAAGCAGAUGGAGGAGAGUCAGACUACGUCGAGCGGAACAGUGACGACCCGGGGAGCUCUAUGUCUGUAUCCUUGGAAUUGGCAAGAAUCUACAAAAGAACCUUGGAGAUCCUCGGCGAUUCUCUGACAUCAGGUGCUCUGCCACAAGACCAAGGCGACAAGAUGGAACUAUCGUGA